AGGAAACACUUUCUCUCCUCUUCUUUGGAUUCUGUGUUUUCCUUGCAAUCUGUUAUUUUCUUAAAUGUCAUCUCAGAUAUGAACAGCAGUGAACGCAUCUUUUUUCUUACUGUUUUCUUCUUUAUCACCUUGAAUUCAAUCCCAGUUUCAAGUAAAGGCUCUGCAUCAGAUUCAGAGUCUUAUAUCCUCGCAUGUGGCGCAACCAAUGAAGACACUGAUAGCGAUGGCAGGAAAUGGGAACCUGAUACCAAAUAUAUAAACUCUUCUAGCAAUUCGAUGACGGCAUCGGCCGAUAGUCAAGACCCUUCAUUACCAUCCACCGUCCCAUACAUGACUGCAAGAAUUUUCACAUCUGCAUACACAUAUAAGCUCUCUGUUCCUAAAAAGAGUCGCCUCUGGGUCAGGCUCCAUUUCUAUCCAUCAACUUACAGCUCUCUCAGUUCUAAUACUUCCUAUUUUGCUGUCACUGCAAAUAAAUUCCAACUUCUCAAGAAUUUCAGCGCUUCCAUUACGGCACAAGCUCUCACAAUGGCAUAUCUCAUUAAGGAAUACUCUCUGACCCCAAUUGGCUCUGGCAAUCUUGAUCUCACAUUCACACCUUCUCCAGAUUAUGAUGAUUCAUACGCUUUUGUCAAUGGCAUUGAAGUAAUUCCCAUGCCUGACAUUUACCAGUCUGCUGCGAUGGUCGGCUUAAGUGACGAAAAUUUUGAUCUUACCAACUCUUCCUUACAAACAAUGUUCAGGCUAAACGUUGGUGGACAAUUCAUUCCUGCAUCCAAUGACUCAGGCCUCACACGAACAUGGUACGAUGAUACGCCCUAUCUAUUUGGUGCAGCUAUUGGCGUCACGUCCCAAGCUAACAUCACUAUCAAAUAUCCUACCGCUGACGUACCCCGGUCUAUUGCCCCGUUAAAUGUUUAUAGUACUGCAAGAACAAUGGGGCCAGAUCCAAAGGUGAAUGUGAAUUAUAAUCUCACUUGGAUAUUUUACAUUGAUGCCAAUUUUACCUACCUUUUAAGGUUCCACUUCUGUGAGUUUCUGCUGAGCAGAAGCAACCAGAGAGCAUUUGAUAUUUAUAUAAAUAACCAAACAGCACAAAGUGGUGCAGAUGUGAUCAGCUGGGCAGGGUCUCAAGGAGUGCCAUUUUAUAAGGAUUACUCCUUGUAUGUUCCUGAUCAGAUUGGUGACGAUCAGUUAUGGGUGGCAUUGCAUCCUUCUGUAGGACUGAAGCCUCAAUACUAUGACUCAAUUUUGAAUGGAUUGGAGAUUUUUAAGCUUGAUGACCAAAGGGGUAAUUUGGCUGGCCCGAAUCCUGUCCCUUCGCCAAUGAUGCUCAAGGCAGAAGCAGAGAAAGCAUUUUCUUCAUCAGGAUCAAGUUCGAGUUCGAUAAUUGGUGGCAUCGCUGGUGGGGUUGCUGGAUUAGCAGUGGCUGCUAUUAUCUCCAUUUUUGUCCUCAGAAAGAAGAGGGGUCUCAAUGGAAGUCAGGCUGGGAGUCAUAGCUGGUUGCCACUCUAUGGAAAUUCGACUAUCUCAGGAAAAAGCAGUGCUAGUAGCCACCUUUCCAAUCUUGCACAAGGUCUAUGUCGCCAUUUUUCAUUGCCAGAGAUCAAACAUGCAACCAAGAACUUUGACGAGUCUAAUGUUAUUGGGGUUGGAGGAUUUGGGAAGGUUUACAAAGGCGUUAUUGAUCAUGGGACAAAAGUUGCUAUUAAGAGAUCAAACCCGUCAUCAGAACAAGGAGUUAAUGAGUUCCAGACAGAAAUUGAGAUGUUGUCCAAGUUGAGACACAAACAUUUAGUGUCCUUAAUUGGAUUUUGUGAAGAAGAUGGCGAGAUGGCUCUGGUUUAUGAUUACAUGGCAAAUGGUACUCUCAGGGAACACAUCUACAAGGGUACCAAGCCUACCUCAUCAUUAUCCUGGAGGCAAAGAUUGGAGAUAUGUAUUGGUGCUGCAAGGGGACUCCACUAUCUUCAUACUGGUGCCAAAUACACAAUCAUUCACAGGGAUGUGAAGACAACAAACAUUCUAUUGGAUGAGAAGUGGGUGGCAAAAGUUUCUGAUUUCGGUCUGUCAAAAACAGGUCCUAAUCUCAACAGCCAAGGUCAUGUCAGUACAGUAGUAAAGGGCAGCUUUGGAUACUUAGAUCCUGAGUACUUCAAAAGGCAACAGCUGACAGAAAAAUCCGAUGUGUACUCUUUUGGGGUAGUCCUAUUUGAAGCAUUAUGUGCAAGGCCAGCCCUUAAUCCUAACUUGUCUAAAGAACAAGUCAGUCUUGCAGAGUGGGCUCUGCAUUGCCAAAAGAAGGGAAUCAUCGAGGAUAUCAUUGAUCCGCAUAUAAAGACUGAGAUACAACCUGAAUGUCUCAAAAAGUUUGCGGAGACAGCUGAAAAGUGCUUGUCUGAUCACGGGAUCCAUCGUCCUUCAAUGGGUGAUGUGCUGUGGAAUCUAGAAUUCUCUCUCCAGUUGCAAGAUAACCCUACAGGGGCUAAAAUGGUUUCAGAGAGCAAGGGAAAUGACACUUAUGGGAUGAACAGACAUAUGCUUACCAUUUUGGAGGAGAGUUCAUUGAGCGAGGAGAACGAUGACGUGAGCCAGAACGAAAUAUUUUCACAGAUAGCUCAUCCUAGAGGAAGAUAAGAAAAUUGUUCUACUUCAGUUACCUUGUUCUUAUUUCAGUUUCUUCCCCUUUGGAGCUUCACAAUAGACUCUUGAAUUUGAAAAUUUUAUAUAUUUGUGAUUUUCUGAAUUCUCUC